GAAUCGCAAUACCGUAACAGGAUUGACGCCAGAUAUGGAAUUAGCUCCGGAAUGAGAAUGAGCUCUGGAAUUGAAAUAAGCCAACGCAACAAAUGCCUAUUCUUAUAGAGAUGCCAAAACCGACUCUGCCAGUUCCAGAGCCGAUGCCAAUUCCGGAGUCGAUUCUGAUUCCGGAAUUUUAUUCCGGACCUACUAUUCGGAAUCUAUUCCAGAAAACUUUGGAGCUAGCCGGAAUCGAUUCUGAUGAAAAUUUCAUUUUUCCCAUCACUAGAAUGAAUCCCAAACUCUGUACUAAUUUUGCUCUGCGUAAACAAUGCAUUACAUGAAUGCGUGCACGAUUUGUAAUUGUCAAAUUGUCUGUAAGUAGUCGCAAUCAUGUUACCGUAAUCAUAGUUAACCGUGUAAUAGACCAAAUUUAAUUGCAGAAUGUGUUCUCAACUACUUACGCCCCUGCGUAUAUAAACGCACAUGUUAAAUAUUGUUACUCGAGUUUCAUUUUAAAUGUUGUGCAGAGCGUGCCGGCAAAAUGAAAUUUGUGCCGUUUUGGUACUUUGCGAGUCUGCCUUUUUGUUUGUUCGUAUUAAACACCGUACACUGUAACCAGCAACCGGUCCCUGUGUACUAUCCCAAUCGAAUCGUUUUCGCGAAUAAUUCAAAAUCGUUCACUGUACGAGUGACACGGUUCGUCUGCACGGAGACGCCAUACGAAGUGUCCGAAUUGGUGCAGUGCAAAACUGUGCUACGGAGAAAUAAACCAACAUUUUUCAACUUGACAGUCCAAGUGCCCAACGUGCUGAACCUGCUUUACUUCCAGGUGAAAACAUUCUAUCGGUUGAACGAUUACCAACCCUUUCCAAUCAGCAUAAUUACGGAAGUAUGUAGUUAUUUGCGUAACCCAUCGGACGACGUAUUUUCCCGCCAUCUUAUGUCUGUGUUUUUCGAAACUAUACCACAUUUACUGUACUACUGUCCACAUGGGAACACAACGUACCAUGCCGAAUACUGGCUUGAGGAUAAGUUCUUUCCCAAAUCUAUGCCUGCUGGUGACUAUCGGCAGGACGUUUGGUUUCGCGAUGAACAGAACAAGACAAUGUUAUCCUAUCAAGCUUUCUUUUCUGUUCGCCGAAACGGUAUAUGGCGUUCAAUGCUCGAGUGGUAGUUAUGCUAUCAAACGAUUUUUUUAUAAACAAUCGAUAAACAAUUCAACACGACCAAUUAGAUGUGUCAGAUAAUACAAUUUAUCGAUCAAAUCAGAUCCGAUCAAAUGUCAAGAAGAAAGUAUAAGUACACUUCUCAAUAAAGAUAUAACAAUAACACACCCUCA